AUGAUUUCAUUUCAGCGUCACCUGCAGUACUUCAGCAGCUCGACAACCAGCCAGCAGAUCACCAUCCUCUCGGCAUUACGGGCAGGCUUGCAGCUCGGUCUCGACUUUCCAGUCGCGCUGUUCCUCUCCAUCGGCAUUCGCGUCCUAUACGGCAGGACACUCAUCUCACCGGUCGUCAUCUCCUCCAUUCCCCCGCACAGUCAUCGCACCCAGCUCGACACCGUACCCCUGGACGAGAAGAAACGGUCGUACUCGGCGCGCGACAUCCUGGCGCUCUACGCUCAAGACCCGAAGGCAGAUCGCGGUCUGAUCACCUCCGUCUUGGAUCGGGCUCAUAUACUGUCCUUCUGGGCUAUCGCCGCUCGGCCGGACCAUAUGGUGGAUGCGGCAGAUCUAAAGCGGUUCAGACAAGGGGGCUGGGAGACGGAUGUGGUGGAGCGCAGAAGGGGGCGAGGGGAUGUUUUGCCGCUCUGGAGGGGAGGACCGAUCAUUGUUCGGGCGCAUAGCUGGUUUGUGCGAAGGCUGUUUGGCGUGCGAGUGUACGAGCGGAGUUGUAGUUGGCUUGGUUUAUAG